AUGUCAGUCUUUUCGCGCAGACGCGAGAUGUGCGACUCGUGGGGCGUCGGCGGAGAAGGCGAGGCGUCUCCGACUGCUUCUCGCCGUCCGUCGCAUCCAAAGAAAGGUCGAAGUUCUGUCUGCAGUUCACCAAUUGCCUCCGCCUCUGGGUCUCCCUCCGGAGCACCGCCGAUGGCGUUCGGGCGGAACUCUGAGCCCCGGCGGAAGCCGAAGGAGGUGACAAAGCAGUUUGACCCAACGUGCUCCCAGUUGAAGGACACGGUCAUGGCUUUGGUGGAUUUUCAUCACAACACCUUGCCCGUCUGGGGAAAGCGGGUGGCAGGACUUGGUGGCAGUGUGCGUGACCUUUCUCUCGGUGAUGUAAACUUCUUGGAGCGAGCAUCCCAAAGAUUGGCGAUGUGCCUAGAUCAAAUUCAUGACACAAGAAGGAUACUGGAACCCUACCUCCAAGGACCAGCGGCCGUCUCCAAGUGGGGGAGAUAUGCGCAGAGAUUAUGUGGCUUGUUGCUAAGUGCCCAAAAGGCAGUGGAUGUCAUUCGGUCCCGUAUUGCGAGAUUGCUUUCCUUUAGUACUUUCCAUUCUUCUCCCGUCUCCACCUCGGCCCAGUGGGCCGUUACUGAUCGAUCCUCCGAGGUCAGGUCGACGCGAGCUAAGUCGCACAGCACCAAUCAUGACGGCUCUUUCCGCAGGCCCGCGUCCAAGGUGAGGGCUUCGUCCUACGAAUCAUCCUCUGUGGGUCGACAAAGCAACGUCGCCCUGUCGGAGCCUCCAACGUUUUGCUCAGAAUCCACUCACUGCUCUCUACUUCGAGGGCAAAGGUGCCUGCAGUCGUUAACGAUGCUCCCAGGUGAGAAACCUGUCCAUUCAGCUUCUUCUCAGAAGAAUGGGCGCAAAAAACACCAAAAACAAAAAAUUCCAUGUCGACAAGAUCGUGAAUGUUCACCUCCUGUUUAUCAACCUCUUUCAUUGGGUCAGGUCUCCUCAGAGCAUUUUUCGCACGGUUUGGGCAACGUGUCCUCACUGUAUUCAAGAUCUUUACAUGGCAAUGAGUCCGCCUCCGAAUUAGGAAGGGUUGGGAGGCGACUGCCAGAGCGGCAGGAUCAGGCAGGUACUAACGGGACAUUCACUCAAGAGCAAUUUCUCAAAUGCAGGCAUCAUAACUCAGAUAUUGCUGGUAGUUUUCUGGCACGUUCUCCUUCUACUUCAAAGAAGAGUGGUCAGAAUUGCAAACUUGAACUUACUCCGGAGCAGCGUCUUAGCCUUUUAGAAAGAAUUGACCUCAUUGAAAAAUUACCCCAUGCGCCGAGUGCAUUGGACUUGGAAGAAGCAAAGGAUAUAUUUGCGUUGCUUUAUGGGCCUCGAAGUGGCCCGCACCAGUUUUCGGAGUGGGUGGAUGAAAUGAAAUUGCGGGCCUUGCGGCGUCGUUGA